AUGGCCGGACGAGGCCAGCCAGAUCCUACCGAGGCUCUCAGAGACCGACUUGAGAACAUCGAACUGCAGCAGAAUGAAGUCCAAGUCCCUCGCCCGGCAUUGCGCCGCCUACCAGCCUCGACGCCCUCGCUAAGGCUUGGACAACGGCGAUCAACCGACGGCCGACAUCCUGCGGCGCAUGGGAGACCAAGCCUCGGGCUUCCUAGACAGUCGUCCCAUCUUUCUCCCGAAACACCAGCUACCCCCCUAUCGCCAGCCUCGCCAUCGGCUACGCGCGUGCGCUUCAGUCUCGAUAUUUCUGAGGACGACCUCCCGAGAUCUGGCCGUCCUAGCUUGUCACGCCCGAGUCUGCAACUUCCGUCCCAAUUAUACACAAUCAAUUCCAACAUCGAUCCCCCUUCCUCGUCUUCAAGACCAACAAAAGCAGCCCGGCCAAGCUUAGAACCACGACACAGCGAAGCGCAUAGUACCCGCUCACGUAUUUCGUUAACUUUACCACGACAACGCUACGAUGAGGCGUACGGCGACGUCAGCAGUGCUAUGGCUACGGAGGAGGAGACCAAGAUCACUCUUGACACUUACAAGGACUGGAUUGGGCGACAGAAGGAGAGGCAAAAGAGGUUAACGAGCGAUCCGCUGAAUAGGAUAAAGGCUGGCGCCGAGGAUGCCUACCAGAAAUACAUCGUUGAAGGCCUUUUGCGACAAAGGCCGAUACCCCCAAGUGUAGAUGGAAGACACAUACCGCUGAAACCCGGUUUGGUACGACAGACCCCGUUGAACGACGAGCGGACUGGUCGGCCAUACGUCUCAAACUUUAUCCGUUCCAGCAGAUAUACCCUCUACGACUUCUUGCCGAAGCAAUUGUUUUUCCAAUUCAGCAAGCUCGCCAACUUUUAUUUCCUUGUUAUCGGUAUCCUACAAAUGAUUCCUGGACUCAGCACAACCGGAACAUACACGACAAUAGCACCGCUUAUUGCUUUCGUGUGCAUUAGUAUGGGCAAAGAAGGUUAUGACGACUAUCGUCGAUACAGACUCGACAAACUGGAGAACAGAAGUGCCGCGUCUGUGCUGGAUCCUGAUGGCACCGUUAGCACGAGAGUACGGGGGAGGAAGCGUGGGAUGGUUAUGUCAAUGGUCAAAGGCAAGAAGUACGCUGAGGAGGGAGCUGCUACGGAACUAGCUGGUUUGGAAAGGGUGACUGCAGCUGAAGUGGACCAGGGCGAGGGUGAAGGCGAACGAGAGCCAUGGGCAAGAGUCGAGUGGCAGGACAUCAGAGUUGGCGACAUUGUCCAGUUGCAGAGAGACGAGAACGUGCCCGCCGACAUGGUGCUUCUUCAUGCCACUGGCCCGAACGGAGUGGCGUAUAUCGAGACCAUGGCGUUGGAUGGGGAGACCAAUCUCAAGAGCAAACAGGCCUGCCCUUUACUGCUCGACCACUGCUCCUCUAUCAACGCCAUGGCCCACUGUGAUGCUACAGUUGUCUCCGAAGACCCUAAUCUCGACCUCUACAACUACGAGGGCCGGGUGACAGUGAACGGAGAGACGAAGCCUCUGACUUCUAAUCAGAUCGUUUACAGAGGAUCAACCCUACGGAACACGGCCCAGGCGAUUGGCAUCGUUGUCAACACUGGCGAGGAGUGCAAGAUUCGGAUGAAUGCGCACAAGAACGUCCGCACCAAGGCGCCGGAAAUGCAGUUUAUGGUCAACCGGAUUGUCAUGCUUCUUGUGGUCUUCGUCGUUGCCCUCGCUGUUGGGUGUACUGGUGGAUAUACCAUGUGGCAUCGCAGCCACGAAAAGAAGGCUUGGUACCUGAUCCAGCAAAAGGUCCCCAUCAAGGAGAUUGUUAUCGGCUUUAUCAUUGCUUUCAACACCCUUAUUCCUCUGUCACUCUAUGUGAGCCUUGAAAUCAUCAAGCUUGGGCAGCUUUACCUUCUUGCGGACGUUGAGAUGUAUGAUCCUAAAACGGACACGGCAAUGAGCGCCAACACUACGACAAUCUUGGAAAAUCUCGGCCAGGUUAGCUACGUAUUCUCGGACAAGACGGGUACGCUGACUGAGAACCUGAUGAGGUUCCGGAAGAUCAGUGUGGGAGGAGCAGCAUUUCUUCACGACUUGGAUCUGCGGAAAGAGGCGGAGAAGGCAAAGCAAAAGCAGCUCACCCAGGACCUGCCGAAACGGAGCCUUUCGAUCUCGGCGAAACCGCGGCCCUCUAAGGUCGAAGCCUCCUUGGAACCCCUUGCGGAGGAGUCGAGCAACGAGCCUAUUGUCGCAAACCAAUCUGUCUGGCACUCAACCGUUGGCGUGAAGCAUGGACAGCCGGAACCGAAUACUGACGACUUGAUCCGCUAUCUUCAGCAGAGACCUAACACGCCCUUCUCCCGCACCGCUAAACACUUCAUUCUCUGCAUUGCGCUUUGCCACACCUGUCUCCCCGAGAUCAAGGAGGAUGGCGAAAUGACUUUCCAGGCGGCUUCUCCUGAUGAGUUAGCGCUGGUAGAAGGAGCUAGGGACUUGGGAUACUUGGUAAUUGACCGUCCUGCGCAGGUCAUCAAGCUUCAAACUCGUGAUGCGGAGGGCAACCCUGUUACCGAGACAUACGAGGUCCUGGACGUCAUUGAAUUCAGUAGCAAGCGGAAGCGCAUGUCCAUCGUCAUUCGCAUGCCAGACGGAUCUACCUGUAUCUUCACGAAGGGUGCUGAUAGCAUGAUUCUGCCUCGUCUCAAACAGAGCAAUCUCGCCAUCCAGACCGCUAGCAAGAUCGGCCAGCUGGCCAGCAUGCGCAAGAGUAUGGAGCAGGAGAAGGCCCUCCGUCGGCUCAGCCUUCAGAGCAUUAAGCGCGACAGCAUGAAUCUUGUUCGGGCUUCCCGUGCUUCGAUGGACCACCGGAAGGUUGCGCGUAAGGGCAGCACGCGCCGGUCUAAUACUUACUUCACGGAUGAGGUUGAUUCUUGGCUGGUUCGUCGCGAGACUGAUGAGUUCGAUGAUUCCCACCCGCCCCCGCGUCGCUCGAUGCAGCGUGGCCGGUCCUUUGAAGUCGGUCGUCCGCACGACCCUCUUGAUGGUAUGGUCGACGAACACUUGGCUUUGAACGAGUCCGCCGUUUUCGAACGCUGUUUUAAGCACAUUGAUGACUUCGCUUCUGAAGGUCUGCGGACCCUCGUCUUUGCUUACCGUUAUCUGGAUGGCGAGGAGUACAAGAAGUGGAAGACGAUCUAUCACGAAGCCACUACCAGCCUGGUUAACCGCCAGGAACGUAUCGAAGCGGCUGCUGAGAUCAUCGAACAGAACUUCGACCUUGCUGGAGCGACUGCUAUUGAGGAUAAGCUACAGCACGGUGUGCCAGAGACCAUCGACAAGUUUCGCCGCGCCAACAUCAAGAUUUGGAUGCUUACGGGUGACAAGCGUGAGACUGCCAUCAACAUCGCCCACUCGGCUAGGAUCUGCAAGCCCUUCUCUGAGGUGUACAUCCUGGACGCGACCCAAGGUGAUCUUCAGGAGAGACUUGCCUCGACUCUGAUAGAUGUCGGUCGUGGCAUGGUCCCUCACUCUGUAGUUGUUAUUGAUGGUCAUACUCUAAGCGUCGUGGAGGAGGAUGAGUCCCUCCGGGUUCUCUUCUUCGACCUUGUCGUUAGGGUCGACUCGGUCAUAUGCUGUCGCGCUUCCCCUUCACAAAAGGCCACACUUGUCCAGAGUAUCCGUCAACAGGUUCCCAAGGCUGUUACUCUUGCCAUUGGUGAUGGUGCCAACGAUAUUGCCAUGAUCCAGGCUUCACACGUUGGUAUCGGUAUUUCCGGAAGAGAAGGUCUUCAGGCUGCUCGUAUCUCGGAUUACGCUAUCGCUCAGUUCCGGUUCUUGCAACGGUUGCUCUUUGUUCACGGUCGCUGGAACUACAUCAGAACCGGCAAGUACAUCCUCGGCACCUUCUGGAAGGAGAUUGUCUUCUACCUCGUCCAAGCUCAAUAUCAGCGCUAUAACGGCUAUACGGGCACUUCUCUGUUCGAGUCUACCAGUUUGACUGUCUUCAAUACCCUGUUCACCUCGCUCCCGGUUAUUCUCUUCGGUAUCUUCGAGAAGGAUCUGGAGGCCGACACGCUGAUGGCAGUACCCGAACUGUACACAUACGGACAGAAGGAGAAGGCCUUCAAUGUUAAGCUGUACAUCGGUUGGAUGUUCAUGGCUGUCUCAGAGUCGGUGCUGAUUUUCACCAUUGUCUGGUUUGUCUACGGCAUUACCCUACCGCCUGAGAACACGGCUCUCUAUCCUGUUGGUACCCUGGCCUUCACCAUCUGCGUCAUUUUCAUCAACAUCAAGAUGCUCGUCCUCGAAUUGCACAAUCGUAUCGCUAUCUGCUUCGCCGGUUUGUUCAUCUCUGUCUUUGGUUGGUUCAUCUGGAACUUGUUCCUCAGUGGUAUCUUCUCGGCCAAGAUGAGCCCGUAUCUUGUCAGAGAUGGCUUCAUCAAGGGUUUCGGCAAACACGCGCCCUGGUGGGUCGUCUGCAUCAUCACACUGUCUGCCCUUAUCAUCUUCGAGGGAGCCGUCAGCAUGGUGCGCAGAUCUCUGUGGCCUACCGAUCAGGAUCUGAUGAAGGAGAUCGAGCACAUUGAGGGUGUCCUGGACGUCAUGAAGGAACAUGCCGCCGAGCGCGGAGAGGCCGGUUUGCCUGCGGCUGAUGCGGCGGCUUCCGAGGCUGAAAGCCUAAAACACAAGAACAGCUAUAGCGACUUCACCGGCACCGGCAUGACCCCCACCGCUGGCAUCGGAAGCAGCAGCAACAGAUUGAUGGUGCCUGAGGGUCGUCCCAGCCAUUCUUACGCGCGUCCUAACUUUGAGUCCCCGGCGGAGGAGCUGGAGGAUCCGGUGGAGGACGUUGUCAGACCUAAGAACAAGGCGGCCAAGGAGGAAGUUAAGGGAAGCAUGAAGGGAAAGACUCCCAGAAAGUCGGCGUUGCGGACGAGCACGGACGUGGCUGUGAGUACGAGGUUCCUGGGGGAGGGAAGUGCCAAUACACCGAUUGCGAGUGGGCCGGCGGUAGAAGGGGGUGAGCCGUAUUUCGUCACGAGCCCGAUUGAGAUGCCGGAGAUGCAUUCUCCUGUGGCGUCGACGGCGGCAGGCACUGGUGUUGGAGGAACAACAGGGGAAGUGGGAGGAGGCGGCGGUGCAGUAGAGAGGCAGUUGAUGGGGACGACGGUUAAUCAGGAUGAGGGGCAGCAGCCACCGGUGACGAGGCAGUUGCUGUGA